AUUCAACUUUUGACCAUCAAAUACAACGUCGGUUUUUCUAGCUUUCUUCAGCGAAGGAACGAUUGCGCAACAUGUACCCACGAUGACUACGGAACCAGGCUCGCCAAAGCGGCGACAUAUACUUUCCUCUAUCAACCCUGACCGCCGUUCGGAAUCGCCUAUAAUAGAAUCUUAUACACCCCCCGAAGAGGCGCCACCUCCACAUCCUGAUACAGAUAACGAACAACCAUCAGCAUCACUAGAUGCUAACGAGGAGACUACGGAGGCAAGAGAAAAGAAGAAGACUUCAAAAUUCCGAUUCAAAUCAAAGAAGACCUCGCGCUCUCAUCGCCACUCUUCCCGCGAUCGCGAUCGUAACCAUGACCAAGACCACAAUGCCGCAGACGAAGACUCCUCCCACCGUCGCCAUAGACACAGACAUCACCAUCACCACCACCGGCACAAGCGACGCCGCUCUCGCUCCCCCACGCCACCAAACCCAUUCGAGCCACAACCGCUAGACACAGAAAGCGCGUUCCGGGAAUCCCUCUUCGACGCAAUGGCCGACGAUGAAGGUGCUGCGUAUUGGCAGAACGUAUACGGGCAGCCGAUCCACGUGUACCCUAACGCGCGUGCAGGUCCCGAUGGCGAGCUCGAGCGCAUGGACGACGACGAGUACGCGGCCUUCGUGCGUCAACGCAUGUGGGAGAAGACACACGCGGGGUUGCUGGAAGAGCGGGCUAGACGGGAAGAGAUGCGGAAGAAAAAGAAGGGUGAGGAGGAGGAGGCUAGAAGGCUGACGAGGGAGAUGGAGAGGAGUUUGAGGAGGGGUGAGGAGAGGAGACGGAGGAGGGGGUGGAGGGUGGGGUUUGAGGAGUAUUUGAAGAUAUGGACGGGUUGGGAUGGGCGCAUUGAGGAGAUGGGUUGGCCGGUUAGGAGUGGACGGCGGGAGGAUGUGAGUGCGGAUGCUGUGAGGGACUUUUUCAUUCUGGGAAUCGAUGCCGAGGAUGUGGGUGAGGCGGAGUUUUUGGCGAGGUUGAAAGAGGAGCGGGUUAGGUGGCAUCCGGAUAAGAUUCAACAGAGGGUUGGUGGGAAGGUCGACGAGGAUGUCAUGCGUGAUGUCACGGCUGUUUUUCAGAUUGUGGAUAAGUUAUGGUCAGAUACCCGGUCUAAACGGCAGUGAUGCCUACGACCACAUAUUUCUAUUUUAUUAGGAGUAUCGGUUUGGUUUUUGGAAUACAAUUACGUGGAUGAUGGGAUGCUGAUCCUGAGAGCGUUCAGACGAAAAUAAAUAUUUAGCAUGAUAUGAAUCAUUGUUGGCGUGAAAUCAUUGCUUG